AGAAGAAGGGCAGAGCGGCGCAUUGCUGCCCCCUGCUGGACAGGAGUGGAAUGACAUGCGGAUGGCGCGGUUCAGAGUGACAGUGAAAUCUGUGAGAGACAGCUGCUUGUUUCUCACCUGUCACUGUGCCACUUGUUCAUCUGAGCCAACCCCAUUGGCUGCACAAAGAUUUUUUACAUGGUUUUAACUCUCUACCGCCAAAAGCAGUUCCCUCAAAGCCCUCAGAUCACUGCAUGACACUUACUUUGACCAGCACUUGAAUUCUGGUGUACUGUGAUAAUGGCGGCUUCUGAGAGAAUGACCAGGCCUGACUGCAUCUACUCCAGUGUCAACAGGCAACAGAAAAAAGGUUUUGUUGAGACAAGACGACACAGUAUUGCUUCAGCAGAAAUCAAGUCAUCUAAGGGAAGAAAAGAGGGAGCACCAAAGCUCCCCUUUACCUGCUUAGACAACCUGAGCUAUCAGAGGGAGGAUUCACCCGUAAUGGCACACAGGAGGCAAAUACUCGACCUUCACAGUAAGGACAGCGCUCUUUUGGCAGGCAACAAGCCUCCCAGAUCCAAUGGCUGCAACAUCAAGGACAAAAUUUCUCUGUGGGAGGGGAAGGAACCCACUCACUCAACCACUACCUCCGGUUCUUCAAGCCAUUGUGCCAGCGUGAAAAGGACAGAAUCACUAACGAAAAGUAACAAUAAAACUUUGGAUGAGCAGAGUGCAGAAAGUAACAGGGGAGUUGCAAAUGAGGAAAAGGAAAAUCUGGGACAAGAGAGUUCUGGAAGUUUGGGGAAUUCAAGGCCUUGUUCACCUUUAGAAACUGUGAAACAGCAAAGAGGCAUGCUAAAGAGCAGCAAGCCAAGUGAGACCCUAAAAGUGGAGGAUGGCAUCAGAACUGGCCUCAAGGAUAAGCAGGAUCAUGAAAAGGAAAAUGAGGAAAGGCUUGGGGAUACGAGGCCUUGUACGCCUACAGUUACAGUACAGCAGCAGGUGGGGACACUGAAGAAAAACAACGAAAGGAGAAAAGGGGAACAAAAUAACCAGGAGAAGAGAGCCGUGUUCAGUCUUUUUAAAAAGCUGGAGGCUAUGGGGGAGAACCAGGGGAAAAUUCCACCAGAGCUUGGAAACUACUUCAGCCCACCGAGUAAGGACAAGCACACAGAGGUCAAGCAGAAAAUACCAGAAGUUAAGGGUCAGAUUCCUGGAGGGAAGUCGAAUGGUGCAGAACUAAAGCAGAACCAAGAAAACGUGUACACAGAACCAGGCACGCUACCCAUCAACCCAGUCCCCAAACCCAGACGUACCUUCCAGCAUCCGUCUCACGCCUCCAUAGGGAAGAAUCAAAGACAAGAGAGAGUGCAAAGAAACCUCCCCCCAUUGCCCUCUGCCUCAAAACCGCCUGCUGGAGGGUACGGGAGACAAAGGGGUGAGAGAGUCAGAGACAACAUUAACAGGAAAUCCUUUGAAUUUGAAGACCUUGAAGGGUCAACCAGCCCGUUCUUGUCUCGCUCGCUGUCUCAGGAACACCACUAUGAAGACAUCCCAGACUCAUCCAAAGAGAACCCAUAUGAGGACAUAGAGUUGGAGAGCCAGUGUUCCCAGCAGUCUUUGCCCUCCUCUCCUGGCGCUGAUACUGCCAAGAUCUCACGGCCUGGUUUCUUCAGGCAGAAUUCAAACAGGAGCUUUAAGCUGCUGGACCUGAGAAGACCCAACCAGUCCACCCAUGGCACCAGCAGUGGGGGUGUAUCAUCUCCGUCCCAGGUUAGCCCUUCAUCCACUCCUAAUGGGCCUGAAAACACCUCCUGGCUUCCCGGGGAUCCAUACAGCCGUACUUGUCGCAGGAUACCAACGGUUGUUCUCAGAAUCAACAGUGUUUUUGAGUCUCGGAUCGGGAAGAAACGUCUACGGAGGAUCUAUCAUUACGCUGAGACAAGCUCAGGGAGAGUAACAGAUGACAACACUGACUCUGAGAGUGAAAUUGAAGAGAGAGCAAAAGCUCAUCGUCAGCGGCUUGUGUCAGUCAAGUCCAUUCUGAGCAAGCCAAACCAGGAUAAGGUCGGCUACAAUGGUACCAGCGGCUCUCGGGAAAAACAGGAGCUUCACCAACGGCAGCUCUUUGAAUAUUUUCUAGUUGUGUCACUGCAGAAGUCGAAGGGUGGCGCCCACUAUCUGCCGGAGGUCACGCAGCAGUUCCCCCCAAAGCUUGAGCGAAACUUCAAGUUCAUGAGGGAGACAGAGGAUCAGCUGAGGAUCAUCCCUCAGUUCUGUUUCCCUGAUGCUAAAAGCUGGGAGCCGGUAGAAAACUACCCAAGUGAGAUGUUCUCCUUUGUUUUGACUGGAGAGGAUGGGAGCAGGAGGUUUGGAUACUGCCGGCGUUUACUGCCGAGUGGAAAAGGCAAACGUCUACCAGAAGUCUACUGUAUUGUUAGUCACCUCGGCUGUUUCAACCUUUUUUCAAAGGUUCUGGAUGAAGUGGAGAGAAGGAGGGCUCUGUCUCCGGCCCUUGUGCAGCCUUUCAUGAGAGCCAUCAUGGAGGCUCAGUUUCCAGCUCCAGGCAGAACCAUCACUAUUAAAACUUUCCUCCCAGGGUCAGGCACUGAGGUGAUGGAGCUCUGUCGACCCUCUGACUCACGUCUGGAACAUGUGGACUUUGAGUGUUUGUUCUCCUGUCUGAGUCUGCGACUGCUCCUUCGGGUGUUCGGGUCUCUGCUGCGUGAGCGAAGGGUCAUCUUCACUGCUGAUAAGCUCAGCACUCUGUCCCAGUGCUGCCAUGCUGUUGUAGCACUACUCUACCCCUUUGUGUGGCAGCACACCUACAUCCCUGUGCUGCCCUCAGCUAUGCUCGACAUCGUCUGCACUCCAACGCCGUUCAUCGUCGGCUUGCUGUCCAGUUCUCUGCCCCAGCUCAAAGAGCUGCCGCUGGAGGAGGUUCUGGUUGUGGAUCUUGGAAACAGCCGAUUUCUCAGACAGUUGGAUGAUGAGGACACCAUCCUGCCCUCUAAGCUCCAAUCAGCCCUUGAGAGUAUUCUAGAGAGGAGAAGAGAGCUCGCUAAUGAGAGAGGAGGAGACACACUGAGUGAUCCUGGCCAUCUAAGCACAGUUGUGUCAGAGGCCUUUGUUCGUUUCUUCGUGGAGCUGGUAGGUCACUAUCCACUAUUUAUCGUCGGUGAACGGGAGGACGGCUACUCCUCCUCUUCCUCCUCCCCGGCCUCCUGCUUCUUCCAGCGUGAGGGUUUCCGAAAAGCAAUACCGUCCAAGACGGUGCGUCGCUUCCUGGAGGUCUUCAUGGAGACUCAGAUGUUCGGCUGGUUUAUUCAGGAGAGAGAGCUCCACAGGCAGGCUCUGAAAGGGCUGUUUGAAGUGAGGGUGCAGGAGUAUCUGGACUCUAUCAAUGAGAAUGAACACCGGAGAGUUAACAGGUUUCUCAGAGGCCUGGGAAACAGAAUGAAAUUUCUCUCCAAGAAAUAACUCCAGUGAGUUAAGAGACAAAGGGAGGAGAAGCAAGACAAGAACCUGAUGGACUGCAGACAUCCAAUAUAUGGAAUAACCAAUUCAGGGCAUUUUGGGAAGUGGUCUUCUCGACUCAUGAUAGACAUGUUGUUGCUGGGAUGUAUUACAAAUAAUUUCCAAGAGAUAACUUUCUAAAAACAUAGUGUAAAAUCAACAGUCUGAGGAUAUUACUGUAAGAUACAUAAGGCUGAAAAAUAAAGAAAAAAACUUGA